GUGAUAUGACGUAAUGCAGGUGGGGUUUCACGAUUGCGCACAAGGGCUUUUAUCUUCCUGUUGUAAAAAAAUAGUGUAUGAAAGGCAUAAAACCGUACUGAAAAUACGUCAUUUGAACUCAACCUUCUCUUUCAUCCCCUUUCUGCAGAAUUUGUGAAUAACGCUAAAAUCGGAAGACAUAGAGGUGAAACUCUUGUUACCAGUGGCCAUUGGAGAAGCAUAUCUUCUGGUGGAAGUAGCGUAGCAGAUGCUCCAAAGGCUACCUCCAGUCCAGUCCUGACGACAUCAUUUUGGUGGAGUCUGCACACACACACGAACACCCUAUUUUUCUGGACUAUUUGUCACCGGUAUAUGUUGAACAAUGGCUAACAGGGGAGGAGCACAAAGACCGAAUGGCACCCAGGGCAAGAUAUGUCAGUUCAAACUGGUGCUUUUGGGAGAGUCUGCAGUAGGAAAGUCCAGUUUAGUGUUACGGUUUGUCAAAGGCCAAUUCCACGAGUUCCAAGAAAGCACAAUAGGAGCUGCAUUCCUGACACAGACAGUUUGUCUUGAUGACACAACAGUAAAGUUUGAAAUCUGGGACACAGCCGGACAAGAGCGUUACCACAGCUUGGCACCUAUGUACUACCGAGGAGCACAAGCAGCAAUUGUAGUUUAUGAUAUCACAAAUCAAGAGACCUUUGGAAGGGCCAAAACGUGGGUGAAAGAACUGCAAAGACAAGCCAGUCCCAACAUUGUCAUAGCGCUAGCAGGAAACAAGGCAGAUCUUGCCAACAAGAGAAUGGUUGAAUUUGAGGAGGCCCAAGCAUACGCAGAAGAGAACAGCUUAUUGUUUAUGGAGACAUCAGCCAAGACUGCCAUGAACGUCAAUGAUAUAUUCCUGGCAAUAGCCAAGAAGCUUCCAAAGAAUGACCAAGUUGGAGGACCUACCAGUGGACAGAGGGGCACGAACAGGGGCGUGGACCUAACGGAGAGUAACCAACAAUCGUCAGGGGGAUGUUGCAAAAACUAACAAAGGCUGCCGGUCUGAAAAAUGUUGCAUUUUAUUUUGAAAGACAGAAAGAGAUAAAGAAGGGGGCAGCCAAAGGUCUUGCCCUAGCGCCGAAGCUCGAGUCAUACCUUUAAAAAAAAUAUCUAGACAUUCAUUUAAUCAGAACACAGUCGGCACAGAUGCUUUGGCUGUUCCCACUGUUUUGCUGUAAAGUUCCUUCCUGCAGCUAUCUAGACCUUCCUUGCUGGUACACAUAUGCAGUGUAGCCUGAGAACAGCCUCGUAUAGCAUGGGUUUCAACCUAGUGCUCUAUCAGUAAGGUUUAUAUUAUCAAGUCUUCAGACCUGAAAGUGGUCAUGAAAUAUGUAAACCCUUCUUUCUGUAUCCAGGGCUCAACAAAAAUAUAUCAGGGGUUAUUUUCAGGAUAUGAAAAGUAAACGAAUCAAUAAAAGGGUCGGGCAAUAGCUCUUUAGGGUGAUUCUUUGCGCUGUGUCCUCUAUGACAAGAGGUUUUGAACCGUUUAUUUGGUCCAUAAAUGAUUAAUUUUGAUAGGACUUUGAUUGGUAAUGAGAUAACAGAAUGAACCAAAGGUCAAUGAUCAUCUUAAGCUGAUUUUAAUUUUGGGUUAAAAAAAUGAAGAAAAGACUCGUAAUUGUUUGGGACACAAUUCAUAGAAUCCUCCUUUCAUGGAGCAAUUGUUAAAUUAGUGAAACAUCAUGAAUUAUGAGAGCCUUUUACCCAUGGAGCUCAAAUAUAUUAGGAGCUGAGCCUUGCUUUGUGUUAAAUUGCAAAUACUAGGGAGAAGCUGUAGAUCUUACUGAUGGAAAACUGUUUUCUUUUUAAUAUUCUUCGCUGUUGCUUCAUUCCUGCAGACUAUUGAACACAAAUGAAUUAAACCGAGAUAUAAUGAAUUACACCAUAAUGAUCAUGAUUUUCACAUCGUCCAAAUAGGAGUUGGAAUUUAUGAAUGCCUCUAAAUUGCAGUGAUAAAAAUAAAUUGUCUUUUCUCAUUCAAGGAUAUUUGCAUUUUCAUAUUUAGGGUAGGAGGCUGAAGGAAUUGUUUAUAGAGAAAUUUGGCCUGCAGUGUACCAUUUCACUCGCUGGUUGACCUUGGUCCUUACAAAUUCUAGUCUUGGUUGAGGACAAACUGCAAAAUUCUAUCUCAACUUACCAUGUAAGCCUACCAAUGUGAAGCACAGUAAGCCCAGUUCAUAUAAUCACAUUCAUGUAUGUACAUACGGAUACUGUGACGUAAAUUCACACAAAUCCAUCCACGCAUCAAUUUUAUCCUUUUAUUAUGAAAAGAAUGAAAAAAAUAUUAUGUUCAUGAAAACAACUUGUAUGAUAAGAAAAACUAACUAUUGUAAUGGUUGUGAAUUAUAAAUAAGUGAAUAAAGAAGCUAAGUAAAUGUUAUUGUAAAUAUGGAUUAUAUGCUUAUUAUUUGUAUCAUGUGUUCCAACAUUUUUGUUAAUCCUGUCUCUUUCAUAGUUAUCCCAACCAAGGUGUCUAGUAUUUUCUCCAAUAUAUUGUUUCACAUGUUGUAUGUAGUCCACAGCAGAAGGCAACUCGUUUAUAUAGCGCUUAUUUUAUAGUUCUCUAGUUGUUUAACAGGAAAUGUGCCCCAGUGACAGCUAAUUGCUUUGAAGUCAUAUAUGAGACAUGAAUCGGUAUAUGAAACUUUUGCGAUAGCUUGUAGUGCAUGCAAAACUUCAGUUUCUUUUGUUUAUGUUGAGGGAUGUUUAUUUCCCCUUUCAUCCCUUCAAGGGUAACGUACUUUCACAAAGCAAUUUAUUAGCAUGUAGAUGUAAAGCUCAUAUUUGCAUCUAAUGAAUGAUAGGCAGGACGAUACAAAUCAGUUGCCACGGCAAUCAAAUAUGGUCACAAUACAUGAAUUAGAUUCAAAUUUGUCCAACUGGGCAAGCAGAAUAAACUAAUCCUUUUUCCUUGGAAUUCUGGAAAAUAAAAUUGUUUUCAGGAUAAUGAAGGGCCGUAGCACCAUGGAUCAUUCAACAAAUUCCUAUUCUUGCACUGGUAUUACUAACCCACACUUGAUACAGAUUACAGAAUCAAACUUGCACAUGUAACCUAAAUAUUUAGCCGUGUUUAUCUUCUUUCCUAUACAUAACGUGUUCGUCACAGGACCUCGUUUACAUUUCUUUAGCAUUGACUUUAAUACUAACAAUCUGAACAUCUAAACAAGUUUGAGCAAUAUUAAGUUCUUAUAUAUAAACAUGUAUUCAUUUGACUUGACAAUAGUUAGCUAAAUCAUGAUCAAUGUUUAUAUAAUGUGAAUACAGCUGUACAUCCAUUUGAUUGCGUGCACUUUGGUUCAGUCAAGUCGGGAUAUAUGAUUGGUAUGAAUUUUGAAAUCAUGAUUAUUUGCUUUAUUUCUUUUUUAAAGAUAAAGAUGUAAGAAAUAGGUAUAGAAACACAACCAUCAAUGCAUUAAGUACAAAACUUGAAAUGUAAAUUUAGUCUAUUGUAUGUAGAUUUCUUGGUAACUUUUAAUACUCCUGUAAUCUAAAACUAUGACUUUGUUAUGAAUUUCAUUGUAUGUGAUCUCUGUGAAAGGGGCACACAUUUGAACGCAUCUUUUUCUAUGCUUUUUGGAGGUCCUUGUAUUUUGCAUUAUUGCUUCAUAACAUAGUUUUGUUUCUGCAGAGGAAAUGUAAAAGAUUGCACAGGUACAUGAUAUUAAUAGGAACAUAUUUAUUAAUACCAGAUUUAUCUUGACACAUCAAAACUUGUAAGAGAAUGAAGUAAUGACUAACCAAUAUACAUUGUAUUUCCUUUCUUUUUCUUGUUUAUACAAGAUUACUUGUUUUGCAUGGUAUACUCAAGUACAUGUAAAUGCUUGAUUAGUGUAUAUUUCAAUUCUUUUCGACAGCUAGCUGAAUUUCUACAAAGUGUUCAGACUAUUCUUGCAAGAGGUGUUCCUUCUUCUCCAUUUUGAAAUUAAUAGUUAGACCAAUAUUAUUCAAAUCAAGCGCUUUGACAAGAUACUGUGUCCACCUCAACCACUGAAAUAUGGUGUGAUUACAGGGCUAUAUGUACUUUGUUCUUGCACUAUCAGCUUAGAGACAAAAGGGUUCGUUAUCUGUAUAAAUCUAUUGCAUUAGUGCCCUUUUGUCUCUGAACUUGGUACAAGAAGUACUUCAGCAAAUUAAUCUACAGUAUAAAUAUCAGGACAUUGUCUGAAUAAAAUCCACUUUGGUUAGAAACUCAAUUAUCUAGCAGUGGGUUUUACAAAUUUGGCAUGAAACUACCGUCAAUGUUACAUCUAGGAAGGUAGGAUUUCCUUAUACAUGUAGUUGUAGGAAUGACUUUGUAUUUGCUCGAUGUGAAAGGCCUUUUGAAACGAUUGUCACUGUACCGUCCUCGGUGUAUUUGACAGUGUAUGUUAAAUGCCCACAUCUUUUUUCUUGUAUCGUAAAGGUGGAGUCGAAUCCAAUAUUGUACGUAAGGGAUGUAAAUAUGUGAGCAACAGUCUUGUAAUUCUCAGAUGUUUAUCCAUCUGUAAUAUUCAUGAAAAAAAAAGCUUAAUAUAUUUUAAACAUUAUUUUGGGAUCAUGUGGCAGUCAUGUAAAUCAUUGGCUCGAUGUUUUAUAAAGCUGUACAAAGUCAAAUUCCUUUUCUUUUUUCAAGGAGGUGGUGAGAGUUUGAAACAAGACCAACAUUUUGACCGUCGUAUGAAACAGCUACCAUAGUUGUAAUGAAUAUAUAUUGUAUAUGUGGGACUACUGAUAUCGUGCGAUGCAGUAAUACAUGUCGAGCAUGUAGAAGUAAGUGAUUGGUUAGAAUAGGCAGUGCUGCUGCUGGAAAGGUACUUGCCUUUGGAAUGCUGUAUAUGGAUUCGGUUCUUGUUGGGUUUCAGCCAAGAAGGUGAUGUUGCCCAAGUUUAGCGUAAUAAAAAUAAAAAUUCCAAAAUUGUAGGAAUGCUUAAAAACAAUGUAUCAUCACUUAAUCCAAAACAUGGGCAAUCUCUAUGGAUUCCUUUAUUGAGUAGAAGUUAACAUUUCCAACUUUGAAAUUCUACAAUGUAUUAGUCUUCUGUAUUGUGUAGCUGUGUAGCUUAACUCUACAACUGGAAUAACUGGGUAUACUUUCAGUUUAUAUUAUAUAUCAAGUAUAGACAAAGGUUGUUAUUCUGGUUAUAAUUUUUUUAUUAUUUUGUUCUUGUGUAAAGUUGAUGAUCAUGCCUGUUUUAUCCCAAAAGAUGAAGAAAAAAUGUAAUUAAAGAAAAUGGAUGAAUAAGUAAUAUGUGUAUACUAUUUACCAUGUACAAUGGCAUAUGUGUACUCUAUUCACAGUGCAAAAAUAAAAUAAAACAAUUUUGCUAUGGAA